UACGCAUUAGCAUUGACCCUCUAUGCUUUGCUGGAGUAGAUUGCACUGUACUUCUCAGAAUUUCGCAGAUAAUUCUUCCUUUUGCACAAGAUUGCGACUCUAGAUUGUACCGAAAAUUACAAGCUUACGACGCUGAAUGGAGAUGUGAAUCAACCAUUGACAUGAUCGUUUCACCAUGUCUCUGAUUGAGGGAAUAGGAGAUGAGGUAACCAUCUUGGUGACCGUCAUUGUUGCUGUGAGUACUGUAGUGGCUGCCUGGUUCUCAACAUCUGUAACAGAACAGCAGCCUUACUGGCAAGAUGAGCCUGCAGGCCCUGGAUCUUCAGUGGACCCUGAGCCACCGUCUCAGCAGUCAGCAACAAACUCAGAGGAUGGCUUAGUAGGAGAGGUGAUAGCAGAAGCUUUUGAAAGACUCGAUUCAGGAAGCUUCAGUGAGGGACUACCAGGUUCUUCUGAAACAGUCAAUAGUACCAUUCCAUCAUCAGAGACUGAUUUAGGUUCUGAAGACCAAGCUGCAAUCGUUGAAGAAAGAGUGAUUGCAAGUUCUAGUGAUAGUACAGAAAGUGUUUUUAAAAAUGAGGCUUGUGGGUAUGAGGAAGGACCAAAGCAGAAUACUGCAAGUCAGAAUUCAAGUUUUGAAUGUAUUGAUGCAACAAACAAUGUAAGUGGAAGCAGUACUUUAAAGACCAGUGCAGACUGUCCUUGUUUGGAUACUACAGAUGGAGUAAGUAUUUACGAGAAACCUCCAUCAGACAUUGUGGAGGAGAGAGUGGAAGAUGUACAAAUUCAUUCGGAAGAGCAGAGUGUCAGAAGAAGACCCAUCCCAAGUACUGCAUCUGAUAAAUCAGAUUCCCAAACAGCUCAUGACCAAACGGACCAAUCACAGUCUCCCUCCCAAACAGAGACAGACAGAGACAACCAAUCAGAGAAAAUUUCUCAUGAUAAUGUCAGAAGAGAAAAUCAGCCGCAGUUGACGAGAGAUCAGGCAGCAAGUGGUGUGAUAACCAUUAGAUUACGGUUUCUGGAUGAAACGGAAAGGGUCGUCUCAACAAACAAGGCAGAUACUCUUGGAAAUUUUAGAAGAGAUAUGUUUUCAUCUGAGAUGCAGUCAGGCCAGAUAGUGCGUCUCAUUGCCAACGGUCAACUCCUAUCAGAAGAAAGCCGAACAUUAUCUUCAUAUGGUAUCAACAACCAGCAGGUUAUCCACUGCCAGAUAUCCCAGGCUUCUGCUCAUACUCAACAAGGGCACCAGACUGUAGACACGGGAGAUGGUGAAUUUGAUCUGGGGCGAUACAUGGUCCCUCUCUUUGCCUGCAUUCUUGCCUUUAUGUGGUACCUUAGGUUUCAGUAUAGAUACAUGUUUAAUGCAACCUCUACUCUCUCCCUUACAGCUGUAACAGCCGUUUUCUUCUUGGCUUUAAUGGCUGUCUGGCGGACUUAGGAUUUCCUUUCCUCCUUUUUGUUCUGCUUUCAUUUUUUUUCAUUUUUAUUUGUAUGUCUGCUUUCUUAAUUUUCUUUCCUUCUUUUUUGUUGUUAUAGUAUAUACUCUUGUAUAUCAGAGUGUUUGUGGUAUGUAGGCUAGAAUACACCUGAAAGUGAAACGGACAUAAACAUGAUAAAAUCCAUUGUACCAAGGAAACUUAUAACCAUAUUCAUUGGACAAAACUGGUGGAGAACAUUUGCAAAUGAAAUUAGUGCCUAUACAGUUAACUUUAGAGUUAUUAUCUGUAUCCUUGUAUUCAGGCCCAUAUUUCAAAAAUUAGAAAAGAUGGGGAUAUUGAUAUAUGCUCUUACUGUGAUGAUACAUCAUGUAUUUGUUAUCCCCUAGAUAGCUGUGACAAGUAUGUACAAGUGGUAUAGCAUUGGUGAUACAAUGUAAAGUCUGGUCAUGCUUGAUAUCUUUUGCACCUACCGUAGCUCAUAAAGUCCUCUGUUAGAGUGUAGAAUGUUUGUUUGUAUAGAGCUAUCCAGUGUGAAGUAAACCUGGCAUUUGAAAGCAAGUCAUGUCCUUCCAUCUAAAUAUGGAUAGCUUGUUAGAGGGUACCAAAUAAUCACUAACAUAUUUUGUUUUAUGCCUAAGGGAUUCCAUGUUGAUUUACUUUGUGUAUACUUCAGAAUAUGAUAUUAAAAUAGUAUUUCUUCAAAGAUAUAUUGAAAGUUUAAAUACACACAUAAGUAUAAAUCUUGCACAGAACCCACAUCCCCCUUGGGUUCCAUGUGCAUGUUUAUAUCCUUUAUUUUCUUAAUCCAUGGAAUACUAGGUACAUUUUUGUAGAUUGUUGAAUAUGUAUAAACUAGUUAUUUAUACAAAUUUUAAGGUAAUAAGUAGAGUUUUAACCUUAGAUGGGUUGGGGGAAUUGUUGGAAAUUAUUUAGAAUGGUACAUUUAUUCCAUGAGAACAGUGUAGUGCCCUAAAAGAGAGACUUGGAAUAGGUUAACACUUUUCUAGUGUUUAUAUCAUGAUUACAUCACAUGAGGAUCUGUUCCUUUUAGAAAAAAUUAAAUUUUCUUUUCUAAAUCAGUUAGAAUUUAGAUGUACAUACGGUACAGAAGUAUGAGUCAUCUUUUGGAUGUUUAGUUUAGUUAUUUUAAACCCAAUUAAUAUUCAUGUAUUAUUAUUAGUUGUCUUAUACUACCCAGACGCAUAUGCAUGUAUGAUUUAUUGAUUU